UUUUGUGUGGGCAGAAAUUUCCGCUAUGUUUUUUCGUUCUAAAUUAUUCGAGAUUAUAUAAUUAAAAUUAGCUUCGACGAUAACGAUGUUCAAACCCGGAUCACCUGAAUCCUGACGGUUGCGAUACCCUAUCGGGGAAGUCCAGCCGGCCACAAAGAUAAGACUACAAGGCGUUGAAAUCACAGAGCUAGGGAGAGAGAGAGAGAGAGAGAGAGAGAGAGAGAGAGAGAUGGUUGGGCUGAUGCAGGUACCCUACGACGCCACAGUGAGGCUGAUGCUAUCUACACUGGAGCGCAAUUUGCUACCCGACGCUGUGAUACGGAGGCUCACACGGCUGCUAUUGGCCGGCCGGCUUCGCUCCGGUUACAAGCCAUCUUCCGAACUCCAGCUGUCCGACCUCCUCGAAUUCGUACUUUCUCUAAGAGAGAUGCCCAUAGCCAUCAAGACUAACGAGCCAAAGGCUCAACAUUACGAGCUGCCGACCUCUUUCUUCAAGCUGGUCCUUGGAAAUAAUCUUAAAUACAGUUGUUGUUACUUCUCUGAUAAGUCAAAGACCCUAGAGGACGCAGAAGAAGCAAUGUUGGAGCUUUACUGUGAGAGGUCACAGUUAAAAGAUGGUCACGCUGUUCUUGAUGUUGGAUGUGGCUGGGGGUCACUAUCUUUAUACAUUGCACAGAAGUAUAGUAACUGCAAGGUUACAGGGAUUUGCAAUUCAACAACCCAGAAAGCAUUUAUUGAUCAGCAGUGUAGGGAUCUUCAGCUGCAGAAUGUAGAGAUCAUUGUUGCAGAUAUUAGCACAUUUGAAAUGGAAGCAUCCUAUGACCGAAUAUAUUCCAUCGAAAUGUUCGAGCAUAUGAAGAAUUAUAAGGAUCUUCUGAAGAAGAUAUCCAAUUGGAUGAAACAGGAUAGCCUUCUCUUUGUUCACCAUUUCUGCCACAAAGCAUUUGCAUACCACUUUGAGGACAUAAAUGAUGAUGACUGGAUUACUAGAUUCUUCUUUACUGGAGGUACCAUGCCCUCAGCAAAUCUGCUUCUAUAUUUUCAGGAUGACGUUUCAGUUGUUAAUCACUGGCUUGUGAAUGGGAAGCAUUACGCACAGACAAGUGAAGAGUGGCUGAAAAGAAUGGACCAGAAGUCUGCUUCCAUCAAGCCAAUUAUGGAAUCAACCUACGGCAAGGAUUCUGCUGUCAAGUGGACUGUCUACUGGAGAACAUUCUUCAUUGCUGUCGCAGAACUCUUUAAUUACAAUGAUGGAGAAGAAUGGAUGGUUGCACUUUUCUUAUUCAAAAAGAAAUAAAAAGCCAAAGCCAAAAGCUUCUUCCCAAUUGAUUUUCUUAGUCCCUUUGAAGAUGACCUCAAGAGAAAACCAUGUCCAUGUUGAUGUUGGCAGCUGUUUCAUGCGUGAAUACAUUUUCAGCUAGUGCCCAAAUUUGGCAUCCGAAGGAAUAAAAAAUGUUGUCACUCCAUUAUUCUAAUUAACAAUCAGCUGUUUAGACUGGAAAUCAAUUUACUAAGUUCUGCAUAACAAUAAGAUGUUUCAGAAACCUUUUGUGAUUGUAA